GUGAGAGAGAGACAGAGAGAAAGGUCUUCCUUUUGCCGUUGGUUCACACUCCAGUGGCCGCCAUGGCCAGCGCACUGUGGCCGGCACACCGCGCCGAUCCGAUGGCAGGAGCCAGGUACUUAUCCUGGUCUCCCAUGGGGUGCAGGGCCCAAGUACUUGGGCCAUCCUCCACUGCACUCCUGGCCACAGCAGAGAGCUGGCCUGGAAGAGGGGCAACCGGGACAGAAUCCGGCGCCCCGACUGGGACUAGAACCUGGUGUGCCGGAACCGCAAGGCGGAGGAUUAGCCUAGUGAGCUGCGGCGCCGGCCAGCAUAGGCGGUUUUAAGUCAUUUUCCAGAGUUGCUCUGUUCCUGCGUUGCCUUUCCAACCACUGAUCUCCAUGAGAACUCAGCAGUGGACAAGAGUAUGAAGUGGUUUUUGUUUGCCGUCUCGUCUAGUCUGACUUUUCUGAAACGAGGCCUUCUUGUCCCUUCUGUGGCACACAUGGAUGGAAUUCGAGGCCCUGAUAUUAAGGUCCUGGUCUACAGAAACAAGACAUUUUCCGUAGAAGAACAAGCUUCCAGGCUUGAGAGGUCACUGCUCAUGGCUGCAGCUGGACUUGAGAUAACUGACCACACCUGGGCAGGUCCACAGCAGACAGAAGACAGCACAUCUUAGAAUCACUGGGCCUUUCCAAGGUACAGAAGGAAAUGGCCAAGGCCAAGGCGAGAGAAUGUCCUUCGAGGAUGUGGCCAUGGACUUCACCAGGGAGGAGUGGCAGUUUUUGAACCCCUACCAGAGGGACCUGUACAAGGAAGUAAUGCUCGCGAACUACAGCAACCUAGUGGCAGUCGGUGAGGACAGCGCCGCAGUCAGGCGCCUCUUCUUUCUAGUGAGUGAGACUUGUGGAGUCACUUCCAUGCAUGAUGCUUUGGGCUGCAGCACUGUAUCUCAGAGCCUUUUAAAAAGACUAGUGUGGUAGAAUACACAUAACAUCAAAUUUACCAUCUUAGCAUACAGUUUAGUGGAAUUAAAUGCCUUCAUGGGACCUCAUUUGUGUAGUGCUUAAGUCACUGCCUGGGAUGCCCACAUCCUGUAGAUGGGUGCCUGGCUCAAGUUUCAGCUCCUACUACUGUGCAUGCUGGGGGGUAGCAGAUGGUGGCUCCAUUGCUUGGGUCCCUGCCAACUCUGGGAGACCUAGAUGGAGUCCUGGGCUCCUUGCUUCAGCCUGGCUCAGUCCUGGCUAUGUGUGAGGUGAACCAGCAGAGAGAGGACUUCUGUCUCUUCCUAUAAAAUGAAACUAAGUACAUAAAAUGGUAAAUGCUUUUACAGUACUGUGCACCCAUCACCACCAACCUUCUUUCCGUCUUGUAAAACUGAAACUUUAUACCAUGAAACAGUAACUGCAACUCCUGGCAGCCACCAUUCCAUUGGCCUCUGUAGUUGCCUCGUGUGCAUGGAGUCGUACAGGAUCGGUCUUUCUGCAGCUGGCUUAUUUUACUCAGUAUAAUGUCCGCAAGGUCAUCCACGUUGUAGCAAAUGUCAGAAGUGCCUUCCUUUUUGAGACCACGUGGCACUGCCUUGCCUGUGUGUACCACAGAAUGUGUAUCCAUUCAUUUACCAGGGGGCCUUUGGUCGUCUCCAGAGUUCAGCUGUUGUGAAUUAUGCUGCUGUGACCAUGGCAGUCCAGUCAUCCCCAGGUCCUACUUUCAGUUCUUUGGGGGGUGUACUUGAGUUAUGAAUACACAUUGUACCUUUAUUAAUGAUAUCCAAGCCAUACCAGAAAAUCUAAAAUUGUCCAUAACUGGAGGAUGGACACGCAUAUUACAGCCUAUACCUGAGUGUCGCUCAGCAACAGAAAGGGAUGAACUAAUGAUAUACAGAGUCAUUACUCUCCGUGAAUUAAGUCAGACAGCAGGCAGGAAUCAGAGCGCCCAUGGGUAACUCCAUUUGUGCAAAUUACUGCAAUGUGGUUACCUAACACAGAAGUGGUCUCAAGGCAACAGAAGAUGAGAAAGGGAAGUGUGAUUGACUUUCUGGGUUCAUGGACAUCUACAGAUGGAUUCAACUGAUAGCUACGCAAAGGUAAGUGUUUGUAAAACUCAUCAAAUUAGAGAUGAAAACUGAUGCAUGCUAUUGUGCAAAUUAUACCACAAUUUUGCAAAACUAUUACCAAAAAAAUAAAUACAGGCUGCUCACCUCUGAAGACUACCAUGGAGUCUGAAUGGGAAUCUCAAAUCUGUGCCUUUCUUUGUGAGACUUAUUUCAUGCGCAACCUCUGCUGGAUCUCCCAUGUACUCCAAUCAGUGUCAAUCAUUAGAGAACUAACCUGGAUUGGGAAGAAUUCGUUUACCACAGAGAGUACAGCAGAGGGUGUGACUUAUCCUGAAUCCCAGACAUUUGUGUUUUGUGAGCACUGUGAUGUAAGGGUCAGCUUUUUUCCACCCUGUACGGGCGACUGUCCCAACAGUAUGACUUACAUGACUUACAGUCUCUUCCUCACCACCCAUUCGUGCCAUCCCUGUCACAAGUUAAGUGUUCAUAUCCGCAUGGUGAUGAGUCAGCACUCCAUAAGUCUGUUAAGUGUUCCUAUCCCCACAGUGAUGACUCAGCACUCCAGUUCUCCAAGAUUCUGUUGCUUGUCCCUGGGUCAACAUUACCCCGACUCAACCAUGAGAGCAUUCUAGUUCUAAAAAUCUCAUAGAGCAAGGCCUCAUACCACUCAUUUUCUAUAGUCUCUUUGUUCUUUUGACCCUUUGUAUUUUCAUAUAACUUUUUAAAAAAGAUUUUAUUUAUUUGAGAGGUAGAGUUACAGACAGUGAGAGGGAGGACAGAAAGGUCUUCCUUCUGCUGGUUCACUCCCCAAAUGGCCACAACAGCCGGAGUUUUGCCGAUCCGAACCCAGGAGCCAGGUGCCUCUUCCCACUCUCGUACAUGGGUGCAGGGGCCCAAGCACUUGAGCCGUCCUCUGCUGCUUCCCCAGGCCACAGCAGAGAGCUGGAUUGGAAGAGGAGCAGCCAGGACUAGAACUGGCGCCCAUAUGGGAUGCUGGUGCUACAGGAGGAGAAUUAACCUAGUGUGCCACAGCAACGGCCCCUCACAGAACUUUUUAAGAUUUGCAUUGGACAUGGAAUUUGUAAACCAUUUUAGCAAGUCAUGAGCUUGUUACACUGUGAAGUUUUACAGUCCAUGGACAGUGCAUUGCUCCAUUUAUUCGGCUCUUCACUAACGUCUGAGUAAAGUUACUGUCUUUGAUAGAGGUCUUGUACAGUUUUAUUGGAUUAAUUCCUUGAUACUUGAACUAAAUCUUAAAGUCAUUGCUGUUUAUCAUUAUAUAAAACUGAAUCCAAUUAAUAAUUGUCCUGUAAAUCAUUAGAACUUCUAAUAUGUUCCCAAAAUUAUUUCUACCCAAUCUACCUCCAUGCUUACAUAAAAUAUUACAAAGGAAAAAUACGAUCAGAAUGCAGCUGGAUAAUGUUAAUAGAUGGACUGUGUUUGUUUGGUUAUACAUCUGACUUGGAAGUGAAGAUGAAAGCUUCCACACGGCAAUGCCAGUAUCAUACACGUCUCCCUCUUUUUUAAAAUAUGUGUUUAUUUAUUUGAAAGACAGAGGGAGAAAGAGAGAGAGAUGGAGAAAGAGGGAUGGAGAGAGGUCUUCCAUCCACUAGUUUGCUCCCCAAAUGGCCACAAUGGCCAGAGCAGAGAGGAUCUGAAGCCAGGAGCCUGGAGCUUCUUUGGGGUCUCUCACACAGGAGCAAGACCCAAGCAUUUGGGCCAUCUUCCACUGCUUUCCCAAGCGCAUUAGCAAGGAGCUGGAUCUGAAGUGGAGCAGCCAGGACUCGAACUGGCGCUCACAUGGGACGCCACCACUGAGGGUGGUGGCUUUACCCACUACACCACAGCACUGCCCCUCUUACAAAUCUCUCUAUCAUUGUAUUUUGAGUGCUGUCUUUACAUUCUAGACAUCCACAAGUCAUUAUAUGAGUAAGGGAAUAACCAGGUGAUUUGAAAGAGAAACCAUUGCAAGUGAGAUCAUCUGUAAGUUGCAAUUCCUUUCUCUCCACUUAAAAACACAGAGUCAGCGCCCGGGGAUCUCGAAGCAUCAGUAUAAAGGGGCUGAGGGUGGGAUAACAGGCCGCCACAAAGGUGGGCACAUGCUGCAGCCAGAGGUGAGACUGGGAAAAAUAAAUAUCAGAAAUUGUGAGGACAGAGUUGGUGAAGUAGAAGAAAGUGAAGGUGCCUGCUAGAAGCAGGAUGGUGUGCGUGGCCUUUGUCUCUGGGGAGAGUCUGUGGGCGCCGCUGUGGCUGUGCACAUGCUUCACCCGCUUGUGGUGCCUGUGCAGGAGAAGCACCAUGUAGGCGCUGGCCGCAGCCAUGAGCACCAUGAAUGCCACGUCUGGGAAGGUCAACAGGACCACGUAUAUUGCAGCAUUCGUCUUAGGGAUCUCGGAAGAGCACAGUCCAUAAUGCUGCAUGCUCGUGGAGUUGAGGCCACGCGGACGGGCCUGUAUUUUCAGAGGAAUAAAGAGGUUCAUCAGCAGGUUGGAAACCCAACACAGAAGGCACGAGAAACGCACCUUCCUCCGAGCUAUGUCCUUGAGCCGCAUCCACCCGCCACCUGCGGGGCUGACGGUGAGUGCCUGGAAAACACUCAGGAGGCAAGUGGUGCAGAGAGAGAGGCCCCGGGCCAUUCUGUGGAUGUAGUAGACAAGUUUACACGCAGCGUCCCCAAGGACGUAAACCACUCCCCAGGUAAAUAUCAUCUGAGGGAUCCCCUUGAAGAAAAGAACCAGGAAGUUGGCCAUGGCCAUGUUGGCCAUGAUCAGAUGUGUGGGCCGCAGCAAGUGGCCAGCACAGGCCAUGGAGGCGUAGCUUGAGAGGAGAAGGGUAUUCCCCAGGACCCCAAUCCCAUUCUGGGCCAGGAAAAACAGCCUGAGGAUAAAGUCACCGAAAUCCAUUCUCAGGCCUCGCAGGGGCAGGUUACUGACUCGAAGGUCCCCAUGUUAGAGCUCAGCAUGGGCUGACUCCGACAGUCCUGGUUCUAACUGGGACGUUCAGCCCUUCACACACUGUCCUGAGGACCACCCCAUCGACGGCCACAACUCCACCAGGAAGCUGGGCAUCGCCAUUCAGGGAGCCGCCCUGCCAGCUACUGGGCCAUUGCUUACCCGUUUGCCAGUCCUUCACUGUGUCCUGACGUAAUCCCCAAAGUCAAGUCUUCUCUCUCAUAUCAAAGUGAUUUCCCGAAUAUUCACCACAUUCCAGGAAAAGCCAUCAGUCCUCGGGCCUCAGACUCCCUAAAUGGUGUCAACAGCCAGACCUACGCCAAUCAGAAGCCAAGAGCCAGGAGCUUCUUCUGGGUCUCCCACGUGGGUUCAGGGGCCCAACCACUUGGGCCAUCUUCCACUGCUUUCUCAAGCCAUAGUAGUGUUCUGGGUCAGAAGAGGAGCAGCAGAGACUCAAACUGGCGCCCAUAUGAGUUGCCUGUGCUUUAGGCCAUGUCUCUAAAUUGCUGUGUGUAUUGCAGCAAUUUGAGAUAAAGAUAGACUAUAUAUAUACAUAUAAAAAAUAUAAAUAUGUUUAGAAAUUUUUGUGCUUAGAAAUUUAAAGCAUUCUUCAUCAUACCUCCUAGGACAAAGAAAAGAUAUUAAGAAAAUCAUAUACGAUGACCAUGGGAGAUUUAUACCAGUAAUGUAAGGACAGCUAAAUAUUACAACAUUUAUCAAUAAAAUUUGCCAUACUGAUAUUAGGAAGAAAAUUCAUGUGACUGUCUCCCCUACUACUUUGAAAAAAAAAAAUGGGGCAGGUGUUUGGCCUCACAGUUUUUUUUUUUUAACUUUUAUUUAAUGAAUAUAAAUUUCCAAAGUACGACUUAUGGAUUGCAAUGGCUUCCCCCCCAUACCGUCCCUCCCACCCACAACCCUCCCCUUUCCCACUCCCUCUCUCCUUCCAUUCACAUCAAGAUUCAUUUUUGAUUAUCUUAAUAAACAGAAGAUCAGCUUAGUAUACAUUAAGUAAGUUUUUCAACAGUUUGCUCCCACACAGAAACAUAAAGUGAAAAAUAAUAGAUGAUUUUUUUUAAAUGAUGAUGAAAUCAGAUCAGACCUAUUGUCAUGUUUAAUCCCAGUGAGAGUCAAGUUGGGAAUUGAUAAUUUCUUUUUUUUUUUUUUUACAGAAGAUCAGUUUAGUAUGCAUUAAGUAAAGAUUUCAACAAUUUGCACCCCCAUAGAAACACAAAGUGAAAUAUAUUGUUUGAGUACUCGUUAUAGCAUUAAAUCUCAAUGUACAGCACAUUAAGGACAGAGAUCCUACAUGAGGAGUAAGUGCACAGUGACUCCUGUUGUUGACUUUACCAAUUGACACUCCUGUCUAUGGCAUCAGUAAUCUCCCUAUGCUCCAGUCAUGAGUUUCCGAGGCUAUGGAAGCCCUCUGAGUUCUCCGACUCUUAUCAUGUUUAGACAAGGUCAUAGUCAAAGUGGAGGUUCUCUCCUCCCUUCAGAGAAAGGUACCUCCUUCUUUGAAGACCUGUUCUUUCCACUGGGAUCUCACUCAUAGAGAUCUUUUUGCCAGAGUGUCUUGGCUUUCCAUGCCUGAAAUACUCUCAUGGGCUUUUCAGCCAGAUCCGAAUGCCUUUAGGGCUGAUUCUGAGGCCAGAGUGCUAUUUAGGACAUCUGCCAUUCUAUGAGUCUGCUGAGUAUCUCACUUCCCAUGUUGGAUCACUCUCCCCUUUAUUCUAUCGGUUAGUGUUAGCAGGUACUAGACUUGUUUAUGUGCUCCCUUUGACUCUUAGUCCUUUCAUUAUGAUCAAUUGUGAACUGAAAUUGAUCACUUGGAAUAGUGAGAUUGGCCUCACAGUUAAACCAUGUCAAAGCCCGCACUUAAAAUCCCAUUCAGCUCCCAUUCAGCUUCUGCUCAUGUGCGCCCUGGGGGGCAGCAGUGACGGUCAAGUAGCUGGGUCCCUGCCACCCACGUGGGAGACCGGGAUUGUGUUCCUGGUUCUGGGCUUUGGCCCUCCAGCCACUGUGGGCAUUUGGGGAUUGGGCCAGCAUAUGAAAGCUCUUUCUGUGUAACUGUUUCAUUCUUUCUGUCUGUCUCUCAAAUAAAUAAAAUUUUAAGAAAUUAAAAAAAGUUUUGACAAAAUAUCAACAUGAUUAAAAAGACACUACAAGAUAAAGGAAUGUACGGAUAUCCUUAGUGUGAUUAUUUGUGAGGAGACUUCAAAGCGUACAUGGAAAAUGAGAUGAAAAGAUAAGUUUAUUUAGUGCAUAUUAUGAAAAGGCUAUGCAAGGAAUUUAAAAAAUCAAUAACAAAAUAUUUAGCCAUUUUGCAUGAACUUUUUGAGGUAUUUUGUAUAUGUAGUGUGUUCACAUUUAUAUGUACACACACAGGAGCACUUUAUUAAGAAAUAGUGCAGAGGGGCCAGCGCUGUGGCAUAGCGGGUGAAGCCGCUGCCUGUGGCACCGACAUCCCAUAUGGGCACCACCAAUCCAACUCCACCUCCAGUCCAGCUCUCUGCUACGGCCUGGAAAGCAGUGUAAGAUCGCCCAAGUGCUUGGGCCCCUGGCACCCACAUGGGAGACACAGAGGAUCUCCCAGCUCCUGGCUCCUGGCUCCUGGCUUCAGAUCGGCACAGCUCCAGCUGUUGCAGCCAACUGGGGUUUCAACCAGUGGAUGGGAGAUUCUCUCUCUCUCUCUCUCUCUCUCUCUCUCUCUCUCUCUCUGCCUUUCCUUCUCUCUGUGUGUGACUCUGACUUUCAAAUAAGUAAAUCUUUAAAAAAAGAAAUAAGUAGUGCAGGAACAAAGAAAGAAGACCACUACUUCAAUUAAUGCUGUCCUAUAAGUAUGAGUUAAUGUAAUUGUUCAGGAGAAAAUAAGUAAGCACAACAAUUUUAAAAGAAGUAGAACUGUACCCUUAGAUGAUAUAAUAGUAAGAAGCCUCUAGCUAAUCAAUGUUAACUAUAGGUGAGUUUAGAAAAGUAACAACCUAGGGGCUGGCACUGUAGUGCAACGGGUUAGCGCCCUGGACUGCAGCACUGGCAUCCCGUAUGGGCACCAGUUUGAGACCUGGCUGCUCCUCUUCCAAUCCAGCUCUCUGCUACAGCCUGGGAAAGCAGUAGAAGGUGGCCCAAGGCCGUGGGCCCCUGCACCCACAUGGAGGCCUGGAAGAAGCUCCUGGCUUCAGAUUGGUACAGCUCAAGCCAUUGCAGCCAUCUGGGGAGUGAACCAGCUGUUGCAAGACCUCUCUUUCUCUCUGUGUCUUUCCUUGCUCUGUAACUCUGACUUUUUCAAAUAAAUAAAUCUGUAAAAAAAGAAAAGUAACAAUCUAUGAAAUUAAUAUAUAAAAAUCAACAGUCUUCAUACACAGAAAAACCAGAUCAUGGUAGAGGAAAUUCUACUUAAAAACCAACAAAAAUGUAUAAUUUUUAAGAAUUAACUUAGGAAACAUCAUAGAAAAGCAUGAUAUUAACAAACUGUAAACACUCCAGUAGCCAAAGUAAACAUGAUCAAGUAGAAGGCAUGCUUUGUUUUUGGAUUUGAUAUCUGAACAUUAUAAAGAUAUUAGUUCCCCAUACUUUCACUGAAAAAUUUAAGGAAGCAAGUAUAUAUAACACAAUGUUUUUCCUGGAACUGAGCAAGUGGAUACUAAAAUUUAAACAGAAAAUAACAUGCACUGUUAGGAAAAGUGUAGAAGAACUAUGAGCCAUGCGAGAGCUCUACCACACAUGCAAACGUACUUCGAUGUCUCUGUAAUUAAAACAGUGUUAUACAGGUGUAUAGCAGAAAAAAAACAAGUAGUGAAACAGAUGAGAGCAGAAAGAGAUCUAAAAUGUUAAAGCAAACCAUCCAUGCAAAUUUUAGAAGGUAACACGGGUGAAUUCCUCCAUGACUUGGGCAGAGAGAAAGGCUUUGUAGCUAUGGCUCAAAAUCAGUAGAAGAUAAAAGACUGAGAAGCUUAACUGCAUAAAACCAAUUCUGUUUUUUUUUUUUUUCAUGGCCAAAAAUACUAAGCAAAAUACGAGAGAAAGGACAGGUUCUGCGUCAGGUAUAGCUGGAAAAAUCCUGCUGAAACACCUCUCUUGCAAAGGAAACCACAGACGGCACAGGAUGUAAAACACGUUGCCUAUAAUUGCACUAAUGGGUGGACAAAAGUGGGCAGAUCCCGGAGAUGUGGUGGCAGGGAAGGAGGGUGAGUUUUCUAGGGGUGUGAGUGCCUCUGAGCCUGAGGGCGCGCUGUGGUGAGAACAUUCAGAGACUAAAGCCAAAACAGAUCCUCGGAGUCCUAGUGAUCAAAAGAACCGAAGAGGCAGCGGCGUCCAGGAUGACUGCAAAGCCUGCAGGGUUAGGAGGAAGCCGUGACCAACAGAGCCACAGAGGGGGCACCACACUUUUUAACUGCAACUCCUGUGCCAAGUCUCUGGCCCGUGCCUGAAUGCCCACGGGGCAGACGCCAAGCAUUCCAUGUCAAACCCAAAUACACGACCGAUAUUCUGGAAUAUGCAGUUUGUGUUUAACCGGUUAACUGCCUGCUGAAGGAAAAAUAACUUCUUUUCUGCUUCUG